AUGUCCUCCACUUCUUCCAAGCUAUUCCAGCCAGCCAAGUUUGCCAAUAUUACUCUGCAACACCGGGUUGUCAUGGCUCCAUUGACGCGGUUUAGAGCGAACAAGAGGCACGCUCACACUGAGCUUGGUGUCGAGUACUACUCUCAGCGCGCCAGCGUUCCCGGUACUCUGAUAAUUACCGAGGCUACCUUUAUCGCCCCUCAGGCCGGUGGAUACGCUCACAUCCCAGGCAUCUGGUCGGAGGAGCAGAUCGCAGCAUGGAAGCAGAUCACCGAUGUCGUCCACGCCAAAGGCAGUUACAUAGUCCUUCAAAUGUGGGCUCUCGGACGCGCCGCUGACCCCUCUCAACUGGCCUCCGAAGACCCUUCACAUGUGUACCAUUCUUCUUCUGACAUCCGCAUGGAUGACAGACCGGCAGAUUCUCCAGCCCCGCAACCCCUCACCAUCGCACAGAUCAAGCAAUUCGUCCAGUACUAUGCCAUUGCUGCCUCAAACGCGGUACACAAGGCCGGUUUCGAUGGUGUCGAAGUUCACGGUGCGAACGGCUACCUCAUCGACCAAUUCACGCAAGAUGUGACGAAUAAGAGGAUGGAUGCGUAUGGCGGGAGUAUUGAGAAUAGGACACGGUUCGUGUUGGAGGUCGUUGAUGCAGUUGUUCGGGCGGUAGGGGUGGAGAAAGUGGGGAUUAGGUUAAGUCCUUGGUCGACUUUCCAAGGUAUGCGCAUGGCGGAUCCCAUCCCUACGUUCAGUCACAUAGUCAAGACCAUCAAGGAAAAAUAUCCCGACUUCGGGUACCUUCAUGUCCCCGAGCCCCGUCUUGCCGGUAUCACCGACCGCGACGCCUCAGAAGACGAGUCGAAUGACUUCCUCCGCAAGAUCUGGGGAGACAAGCUUUACUUGGCCGCUGGAGGCUUCACCCGUGACGAGGCAAUCAAAACCGCAGAUACGAAGGGCGGGCUUGUCGUGUUCGGGCGGUACUUUAUCUCUAACCCCGACCUUCCCCGGCGCUUGCGCGAAAACAUUCCGCUUACAAAGUACGAUCGUAGCACGUUCUUCGUUGACGAACCCACUGCAAGGGGAUACACCGAUUACAUAUUCGCAGAGGAGACGACAGGCGAGGUGAAGGCCAUGGCAUGA